CAAGGAGCGUACAAGAAAGCGGCGGAUUAUGAUUCUAAAAACGGAGGGAAAAAGGCAAGCUUGCCUCUCUGAUUUUGUCCCUUCUCCUUCCUUUCUCCUUUUGUUUCCUUCCUAAUCUUUCCCUUCCUCUUCAAGCUUUCUCUAUUUAUUUCUCCAUUACCUUAUCUACCCACUUUCUAUUCUGUGAUUUACUACCAAAAGUCCAAUUCACAGGCAGAACUUUUACACUUGAACUCUCUUUAUCAAAAUCUAUUCUGUCUCUUUUGUGUUUGUUAAAAUGCUCUAUCCAAAACCUUUCUUGUAAUUCACUCCUUGUUUGGUAUCUCUAAAUAAUUUGUUUUGAUUAAGGCCUUUGAAUCUCGGUCUCUCUUUUUCUUUAACAAUGGGGAACUGCCUUAAACAGUCCAAGAAAUCUACGGCCGAGAUAGCUCCUUAUGAUUUUAUCAAAUCCACCGCCGCCACCGCAGUUAAACUGUAUGGCUCUCCCACUUCUGCCUUCACCUCCUACAUCCGCUUUGCUCUUCUCUACAAGACCCUAUCUCUUGAUUUUAUCCCCACCUCCGGCAUGCCACUUAUACUCCAAAUCGGCGCCGAUUACAUUUCAGGAACGCGCGAUACGGUUCUCCAGUUUAUUGAUGCGCAAUUCCCGCAGCCGCCAUUGUUAAUGAAGGAAUGCGACGGGUUUGGUAAAACAACGCUGUUGAUACUGGCGGCGGUGGUGUUGCAGCACAGGAGUGUGAUAUGGCAUCUAGAGAGGAUGGUGAGGUGGGGAGAGGAUCUGGCCGCACGCGGAGGGAGGAAGAAUGUGGAUCCGGCGAUGGGAACACCAAGGAUGGAGAUCAGAAAAUUUAGCAAAAGCUAUUCACAGUUGCUGGAGUUCAUGGUUGAGCACGCACAGAUGGAGGAGCGUGUGGUUUUUCCUAUCCUGGAAAUGGCUGAUCGAGGGUUGUGUAAAGCUGCAAAUGAGGAGCAUGCAAGGGCCCUACCCAUUAUGAAUGGAAUCAAAGAAGAUAUCAAAACCAUUGGAGUUCUAGACACUGGGAGCCCUGACUACCAAGAUGCUCUAUGUAACCUUUCGACUCGGCUCAAAUCAUUACUGGAACAUUCUAAAAAGCACUUUGAGGAGGAGGAGAGAGUUAUACUGCCAUUGAUGGAGGCUGUGGAGCUAAGCAAAGAGCAGCAAAUGAGGACAUUAGAGCAGUGUUUUGAUUUGAUGCAGGGAACUCACUCACAUUUAUUCAACUUUCUACUUGAAGGCCUCCUCCCUUGGGAAGCCAUGCACUACUUGGACUUGAUUAUAAGUUGCAAAGAUGAAGAAAGAGCAGCCUCCAUGCUUCAAAGGAUUAUUGAAUGAUAUGUAGAAGCUGGUUCUACACUCCAUUUACAGGGUACAUAAUACUGGAUUGUCAUAGUACCAAUAAUGUUUUCUAUGCUUUUAAAAGGGAAGCAAAUCAUAGUACUUUGUAAUGCAGAUAAGAUUGUGUAUAGGUUUGUCUGUCAAGUGUUGCCAUUUCUUAAAUAGUGUUUGUUAUUUCAUGAACUUGCCAAGGUAGAAAGUGAAUCUUUUUUAUCUGUACUCUUAAUACGGAAGCAAAUCAUAGUACUUUGUAAUGCAGGUAAGGUUUUGUAUAGGUUUGUCUGUCAGGUGUUGCUAUUUUUAAAAUAAUGUUUGUUAUUGCCUGAACCUGCCAAGGUAGAAAUUGAAUUUUUUUCUGUAGUCUCAA